AUGAUUACUUCAACAACCUCAACAACGGAUUAUAAUAAUUUUUUUAAACGUCCUGCCCUUCCCUCAAAUGCCGAACAAUAUUUACGCGAACAACUUGAAAUUGGUGAACGACGAUAUGAGGAAUUAUGUCGUAACAUCAUCAAUGACAUGAAUCAAUAUGGCCUUUCGGUGGUGGAUGAUUUUCUUGGCCGUGAAAAGGGCAUGCAAAUACUCAAUGAGGUGCUUAACAUGUAUUCAGCCGGUGUUUUUAAGGAUGGUCAAUUAGUCAAUAAUUUUAAAUCCGAUCAAGACCUUAAAACAAUUCGUGGUGAUAAAAUUACCUGGGUCAAAGGUGUUGAGCCAGGCUGUUCUAAUGUAGGCUUUUUAAUUAAUCAAAUUGAUGCGGUUAUUUGUCGAGCAAAUGCCAUGAGAAAUAAUGGCAAAUUGGGUGAUUAUGUUAUUAAAGAACGGACAAAGGCCAUGGUUGCAUGUUACCCUGGGUCCGGUUCUCACUAUGUUAUGCAUGUCGACAAUCCAAACAAAGAUGGCCGAGUCAUUACCGCCAUUUAUUAUUUAAAUCUCAAUUGGGAUUCCAGAGACAGUGGUGGUGUUUUAAGAAUAUUCCCCGAACAAGCUAAAUCCGUGGCAGAUAUUGAACCAAAAUUCGAUCGUUUAAUCUUCUUUUGGUCAGACAAACGUAAUCCACAUGAAGUGCAACCCGCCCACAGAACCCGCUAUGCCAUUACUGUUUGGUAUUUUGAUGCCAAUGAACGAGAAGCUGCCUUAAAUCGUUGCAAAAACAAUACCCAAAAUAAUAGAAACACAAACAGCAGCGGCAAUUCUACGUCAUCCUCCUCAAAUGCAUCGUCAUCAUCAUCCUCCUCCGCAGCAGCAGCACCCAAUAAUACAAACAGUUCAUCUUCCUCCUCGUCCUCCGCCAGUUCAGCUUCAUCUGUACCUCCACAAGUAACAAACAGCAAUGAAAGUCAUCCUUCUAGUAAUGAGUACAACAGCACAACAUCACCAUCCUCCCUGUCUUCAUCUCCAACGCCACCUGCCUGUAAUUUGUCUGGAAAUUCGGCCGCGAAUAGUGUUCGACCUGUCCAGGUUGUUCUACCCAACUGUUACAAAUAA